CCUCCCUCUCUUCCCACCCGCUUUCCCUCCGCGCCCCCUCCUCCUGCGGCUCACAGAUCUUCGGCUCCUCGCUCCGGAGUCCUCCGUGCCCCCGGGCACAGCCCGCAGCUGUAAAUGCACUGCUUCCUGGCCGCCCCUGCCGAACUUCUCCCGGCGCUGCGGCACGGCCGGGGGCGCUGCGGGGUCGGCCCCGCGGAGGGCUCCGCGCCGGGGACGAGGCGCGGGUCAGAACCCCCGGCGCCCGCCGGCCCCUCCAGGCGCUGCGGAGGGCGCUCUCGGUGGUGCUGACGGGGGAAGUGCCGGUGCUUUCCCCGUCACCGAGGGAAGUUGUGGCUCUGCCUGCUGAGGGUGAGAGUCAGAGAAGCAGAUUUUUAAAAGCUAUUUACUUAUUAGAUUCUAUCUCUCUGGCUCCCCGCCUUGCUUUGCUGUAUUUGUUUACAUCUCCUUAUGGUACAUUUCUGUACAAUCAGCAUAUGAAUCAUUUCUGAUGGCAGAAGCUGUCAGGAGAAGGUAGUGGGGAGGACGACAAAAAAAAAAAUCCUGACCCAAUUCCGAAGCCUUCCCAGUCACUAUGUUAGAAUGGAACAGAUGCUUUUGGUGUUUGCAAGCUCUUUUGGUACAAAGCUGUCGCUUUUAGCUGCUUUUGGUAGUGAAAUUACCCAACACGGUUACCCUCUAAAAAUGAAAAGGCAGAAGGAGACUAGCUUGAAAUUUUCUUUUAGAGACAUCUAGGGAUGUUACUGGAAAAUGUAAUCUCUGGGAAGAUUAAUGUAACUGCAAUCUUCCAGAAGCACAAUUAUAGGUAUAAGCCAGUAGUCUGGGUGGCUGAGUUCCAUCCAGCCCUGGAAAUGAUCGAUUAAACCAGAGUUAUGAUUUCUGGAAUUUGUUAUUGUGGAGUCUUUUCUUUCUUUCUUUUAUUUCUCCUUUUUUUUAUUUCCUUUUUUUUUUUUAAUGUGUGUUUGGGAGGCUUUGCAGGGAGCCCAUUCAGACUGAGAUUAUGGAGAGAAUUAGAAAAAAAUUUGUAAUUGUAUGGAAGGCGGUGAUACACCCGUAUGUUUAAUACUUCUGUUCAUUUUGACUUCUCCAGAUAAAAAUCAAAGCACAUCUGCUCUCUCCAAAGCACAACACUUUUUCAUCCUCACUGACAGUCUGCUGUUUAGGAAUUUUACAGUUGUGUUUAACUUAAAACAAGUAUUACCCUCCCUGUGUCAAUGGUGCAUCCGAAGUCUAGAUUAAAAUUUUGUUGUGACAAUAAGGAAGAGCCUGGUCAGCAGAUUGAUGCUCAACCAGGUUACAAAAAGCCGUAUUCCAGCACCAGGCUUUGAAAUAUGUGGUCUUGGCUCUGACUUAUGCUGUGUUUCUGAGUGAAGUGAAGAUGUAUCCAAGAAAAGAUUUUAAGUCCAUGGAGCUGUAUGUCCCCAAAGCUUUAGAAAUACAAACAAAUUCAUGCCAGGUCUCCCAUUCAUGGAAACCCCUCUGGUUUUGAGCUUCGUCCUUAUCUGAACAGCAUCUUUAUUUUACCUGCUCUGCUGUUUGCAUUCCCAUGUCAAAAGACAGUUCUGAAAGCUGUAAAUGUAGCAAAAUUUACCUAUGGGGUUCAACAGUGCCCUUUACUGAAAUGAGAGAGAUACGAUUCUAAUUUUCACUUUUUCACUUAGUACACUGCACCAGUGCUUACACGCACACACCAGCGUCUUUCUUUUGGAGUGUAGUGUUAUUUAUUACAUUUUCUCUCCGUAUUCAUCUCUCACUUGCUUUCUUUGAAGUAACUGUGACAGAAUGAAAAAUUAGUGGAGAUUUUAGGACUGACUUUUAGGACUGGGCUGUAGUAGGUCCCCCUGUACAGGGGCAAGAUGGGGAGCUAUAAUUUUUUAUAAUUUAGGAUACACAAAGAGCUUGUUACAUGGGAUACAUGAAGCUUUUUUUCUUUUUGGUAGUGGUAUCAAAAUCCUGGGAUGAAUAAAGGCCCAGGCGUAAGAUGUAUAGAAAUUCUGUCAUGUCACAGAAUGAUACAAAUUUUGUUUCUGUGAAUGAAGAAAUAAAUGCCCAGCAUUGUGUAAACAUGUGUGUGAAGGUUUGAAACAGGCAAGGACUUACACCUGCAAGAGCCCAGGCUGCAGCCUGGGCUGUGGCCGGGUCAUAGGUGCAGACAUAUCCAGGGUUGCAGUCUGAGGCUGCAGGUGCUGCUACACCAGUCUGCUCCACAUUGUGAUUAGAAGACAGCAACAGCUCAGCAGAUAAUUCAUUUAAUAUGAAAACUUCUUUCUAGCCCUCACAGCCCACUGUGAAACAGUUAAAACAGUAAUUUUGCAGUACAUAGGAGAGGGGCACAGCGAUGCAUAUUGCAGCAGCAAUGCACUGUGGUCCAGCAGCACCAGUAUAUCUUGUUCCAGCUCUACAGAUGUGGAACAUCAUCACCCUGUUCCUGGUGGUGCAGUGAUGUGGUCGCAGAUGCAGACACUACAGUGGUACAAUCAGAUACACAGAAAAGAUUGCAGGGAUGACUCCAUGGAGAAUGUCAUUAUUGCAGUAACAGCAAAAAGGAGCAGUUCAGGACUAGAGGGUUGUGUCUGAGGGAGACAGAUUUGUAGCUGUGCAGAAAAAAAGACAGAGUGAAGGAAGAAGCGGCAUGUUUAUAUAACCAGCACAGCAAUAUAGUGCACUGUGGGUGUGUACUCCAGGAGAAUGCUAAGAUACUGUCAGGAUACAGGAUGCAGUGAUAUUUUAUUAAUUAGGCUUAUGCUAUAUUGGUGCAGUGAUGUUCUAAUACCAUUAAGCAGUAAUACUCUUUCAGGAUAUUUUACCAUUUUGUAAUUGAGUGUAUAUGAAUUAACCAAAGUAGGGUAGUGUAAUGAUGCAUUAAGUAUAAGUCACGAUGUCAUCUUAGCCUAAUGACACGUUUGCACACCAGCUCGGCGCAGCAGUUGCAGAAGAGCACUCUGCUGUGGACUUUCUGCUGGGUUGGGAUGCGGUGCGUGCAGCUCCGAGCGUCUGGAGAACACGGCGCUGACAAUGCAGUGGUGUGCUAACGCAGUCCUGGGGCAGAGCAGAGAUGUGAUACUGGUACCAUGUGCCUGCUCGUACAGCCUCUGCUAAAUCUUCUGUGUGGCUACACAACCAACCACCUCUGUACAUGCUUAUGCAUUCCCGUGCUUAAAACAUCGCUCGGCGUUCGUGUGCACACCUGCCUGCUGACACCUGCCACACCUUCCAAGAAAGUGAACAUAAAGUAAAAUACGGAGAGAGAGAGGCAGAGAGAGAAAAAAGCUCCCUGAAGAGGGAAAGCCCCAGCAGCCAGUAGCUGUUUGGAUUUGCGUGGUGCUGCCUUUCUUGCUUUGCUCCCAAGGAAUACCUUUAAUGGGAUCAAUUGCUUCAGUUCCUUUAUAACCAAGUCCACCGGAAAGGCAGCCUCAACAUAUUAUGGGCAACUGUGUGAAGUCUCCUCUGAGAAACCUCUCUAAAAAGAUCCGCCAUGACGAGAAGACGAGCUAUAAAGCUGUCCAGACGAGCGAAGAGGGGUCGUCGGCUGGCGAGUACCAGGGUCCGCUCAUGGUGCUGGCCCAGAACUGCGCCGUCAUGCACAACCUGCUGGGGCCAGCAUGCAUCUUCCUGAGGAAGGGCUUCGCAGAAAACAGGCAGCCUGAUAGAGAACUGCGUCCGGAAGAAAUCGAAGAAUUAAGAGAAGCCUUUAAGGAGUUUGAUAAAGACAAGGAUGGGUUUAUUAACUGCAGGGACCUGGGGAACUGCAUGCGGACCAUGGGCUACAUGCCUACUGAGAUGGAGCUAAUAGAGCUAUCCCAGCAGAUCAACAUGAACUUGGGUGGCCAUGUGGAUUUUGAAGAUUUUGUUGAGCUGAUGGGACCUAAACUUCUAGCAGAGACUGCAGACAUGAUUGGUGUAAAAGAACUCCGUGAUGCCUUCAGAGAGUUUGACACCAAUGGAGAUGGGGAGAUCAGCACCAGUGAGCUGCGAGAAGCCAUGAAGAAACUUCUAGGGCAGCAGGUGGGUCACCGGGACAUUGAAGAGAUCAUCCGGGAUGUGGAUCUGAAUGGAGAUGGGCGCGUUGAUUUUGAAGAGUUUGUUCGCAUGAUGUCCCGUUGAAGAUUAUUCUCAGCUAAAGAAGAAUCAGCACCUUAGAGAGGGCAGAAGAGGACCUAGAUGGAGCAUCUAGCCCCGGUGUUCCUACAUGAAGGUUUAUCGGCUGGCCGCAAUUAGGACAUUGCAAGAUGACCGGCUGCUCCUCCCUCAUGGUGGUCCCCAUGCCCCUCCACCCUUUCACACUGUGAAAGACUUGCAACUUCCUACAACUGGAACCAUUCCUUGAAGAAGACUGCAGGAAACUGCAGAGCCAGGACUUGCCAUGAUACUUUCAUGGGAUAUUUGCAACUUUAGACUCCUCCUCCCCAGCUUUAUUCUCCCACCAGCUGCUGCAAAGCAAAAGCAGGAGAAAUCCUCUUGGCUUGGUGGAUGAGAGCAAAGCCAUUGGGGCUGGUGGCAGCCUCAGGGCGUGCUCUGCACUUCUUGGUUUCCCUUGGUGAACCGUGUCUGUGUUUGCUGUCUCAGUGUGCGUCUAUCUGUGUGGAGUUAUUUAUGCUUCCCCAACACUUAUUUGCAUCUCCUGUGGUUAUGUUUACCAAAAGUAAAUUCAAAUAUAUGUCUUGUGGGGGGAAAGUGAUAAAUAUGCACGUUGAAAUGGUGUGGAGCCUGGAUGUCCCUGUGAGAGGUGGUGACCGGGCUGGGGGAGAAGGGCUUGGGCAGAUGCGCACCCCAGUGUCUGCACCAGGAUCCCGAGGCAAGUCCUUGCUGCAGAAAGGGGAGUCAGUGCUGACCACUAGGUCUGUGUCAGGACUCUGCCCCCUCUCCCGCUGUCCCCAUGGCCAAGGGGCAUGGAGGUGCCUCACAGUGAGGGCAGUGCAAAGGGUCCCCAUCCACUGGCAUGGGCACAGGUGAGAGCCCUUGCAGUAUCGUGGGAAGGAGCAAUGGGAGAAAGGGCCCAGAGGGGAGCUGGGUGGGAAUGGGAUAAGCAGCAAUAGCCAAACUCACCCUUUUCAGUUCAUUUUAAACACAACUGUUAGCACAUGUAUGGUGGGGCCACGCUGUGGGAGCUGAGCUGUAACUGCACUGGUGCUGGGGAUUGGCUGGGAGCCUCCUUGUGUGGCAGUGCCCUGCUCUCCAACCUCUUCACACUCAGAAAUGCUGCACAUGUCUGCAGGAGGGACGACAGCAGCCUCUAGGCCCUAGCAGCUGCUUCCAGACACAUCAGAUCUUACCCUCCUUUCCCCAAGAUGUUCCCAACCUACUGCUCCCUUCCCCUUCUCUACCAGACCCACAGUUAUUUCCUUUCUCUAUGCAAAGGCUCAGUCACAAGCUGCCAGGAUUUAUUUCAAUUUGGCUUCAAAUGGCACCGUCAUCACUGUGUUUCUUGGCGUGACUGGGAGCUGUUUUCCUCUUGGUUGCCUCCCUACUCAAACUGGGAGGUCAAGGACCAAUAUCGUCCUGCUUCCUCCAUCUCAAAUCUUUCACUUCCAGGCUUCUCUAUCACAUUCUCAGGGUCCACAAAUCCAUGUCCCAAAGGAGGAUUUUCUCUUCUGCUUUCCUGUUGCUGUGCCAACCAGCAUAGCUGUAGUGAUGGCUGAUGAUCCAGUGAUGGAAAAACUAUGUUUCUCCUUAUA